UGUGCUUACACAAUGACACUUUCCGUCACUCGAGCCUGCGAGUAGUAGUCGCCUUAAAAAAACAAAAAAAAAACCUCCGUCGUCUCAAUUCCAAGUCCGGGGCGACCGUUUCCAGAUUUUAACCCCUUGCUCGACAUCCUUCGCGGCGCCGGAUUGAGAAGAAGACUUUUAAAUAUUCCAGAUAAGUACAUGUUGUACUUCCUGUCGUGAGGCCCAGCGGCGCCCCCCCCCCCCUCAAAAAAAAAGAAAAAAGUUUGUUGUUGUCACGUGACGGGAGACCCGAAUGUGGCGAUAAAAGUUGAGUUUUGACGGUAAAAACUCACUCGGCUUGCUGCACAUUCGACCCAUCGCCCCCCCACGACGAUGCCUCAGCCCAAGUACAGAAAGAUUGCCGUGAUCGGUUACCGGUCUGUAGGAAAGUCAUCUCUUACUAUUCAGUUUGUGGAAGGACAGUUUGUUGAUUCCUAUGACCCUACAAUUGAAAAUACUUUCAAUAAAAUGGUCAAUGUCAACGGUCAAGACUUCAAUCUUCAGCUGGUUGAUACAGCUGGACAAGAUGAAUACUCCAUUUUCCCACAGUCCCACUCAAUGGAUAUCCACGGAUAUGUCCUUGUUUAUGCUGUGACAUCCAUGAAAAGUUUUGAGGUUGUUCAGGUUCUACACGACAAGCUGCUAGACAUGGUUGGCAAGAUUCAGGUUCCAACCGUUCUUGUUGGCAACAAAAAAGAUCUCCACAUGGAAAGGGUCAUCAAGCCCGAGGAGGGAAAGAAGCUGGCCGAUUCCUGGGGCGCUGCUUUCAUGGAGUCCUCCGCCAAGGAGAAUGAGACCGCUGUGGAGGUUUUCAAGCGCAUCAUACUGGAGAUGGAGAAAGCCGACGGAAAUGUGCCAGAGGAGGGGAAGAAGUGUGCCGUGAUGUAAAAGUGUGCUCAGGACACGGGUAACGUCGCCGGCUGAAGACAGGGGAGAAGGGCAUCGCUUCCCCAGCGUGCCGAUGGCGACCACACCCCCUGCCCGCCCCCAACACCAUGUCAACAACAUGAUACAGAACCGAUCUUGAUUUUUUUUCUAAACAAUUCCAUUCAUUAUAACCCUAAGAAGAAGCUCUCGGGGAGUAAGCUUUGAUUGAGGCAGAGAAGCAUCUUCAUCUUUUAUUAUUUCAAGCGGGCUUCAUUUUAGCCAAAUGCCAAACUCGGACCCUCAAUAACCGUAUCAGCAAUUUCUACGACCUUAUAGCGGUCAUUUCUUUGGGUUGAGAGCAACGCUGGUGUGUGUAACUUUCGAGUGGUUGUACAGUUCUGGUGCCAGCUCACAUUGCUGUAAAUGUGAUCACCUUGUUGGACGAAACAAAGCGCUUCUUCCCACUGUCAUGUUUAUCACACGCCUUUCACCACGGACGCUCAAGCUACACGUUCACUCAGCGUUUGAGCUUUUCUGCUGAGCAGAUCCCCCCUCCGUCAGUCCUGCAGUGUUCCACUCAUCCUCUUCACCAGUACUAGAAUCUUUUGUUGAAUUGAGUAGCUUAGAACGAGUCGUAGACCUUUGCUAUUGAUCUCUUUUACAUAAUCGUUGAAUCGAGUUUUGCUACUUUUGAUUGAUGCAGCCUGGAGCAAGGCAUUUCUCGCGUUACAAUUUGUUGUAAAGUACAACACGAACGGGCCACAAAGUUAGUUUUUGAAUAUGUGGUCAUGAUUUGGAAGAAAUGGGACAUCAUGCAUACAUAUGAAUUGAAACAUUGCGUUGAAUUGUCACUGCCAGACACUGAGAAGUUGACGCUCACAAUAAGUGAUUCUUCUUUUCCUCCCUUGGCUCUUUUUGCCUUAAAAAAAGACACGUGUGUGUGGACUAUAAUCAGAUUAUUCAUAUAGUUGGUAAUUAUUGGUUUGCUGAGUAAGGAGUUAAUUCUCGAAGGCUGGUAUUGCUGUGUCUUGUGCCUUACAGAUGGUCAAAAGUCCCCCAAACUGCUUCCCUCCAUGACAAAGGUGCUCUUAAAGGGUUUCUACUUCUGUGUUAACUUGAUCUCAUUUGAAGCUGAUGGCGGCGACGGCGUACGCAGCACAAACAUGCCGAUGAAAUUCAGCGUUCAUUCAGAAAUAUUGCUGUAAACAGUUUGUAUAUAAAAUCUGUUACUCAUUUGA